CAACCCUCCCCAUUUCUCGUCGGAAGUGUGGCCCAAGACCUCGGUUUGGAUCGAAAAAGACUCCGUUCGGGGCGCGCCCGCAUCGUGACCGGCGAGAACGUCCAGUACGCCGAGCUGAGGGCGGACAAAGGGCUUCUGGUUGUCCAUGAGAGGAUAGAUCGAGAGCAGCUGUGUGGAGACGUGACGCCGUGCAGCUUCACCUUUGAGAUUUUAUUGGAAAACCCCAUGGAACUGCAUCCGGUAACCAUCGAAGUGUUAGACGUGAAUGACAACGCCCCAGAAUUUGAAAAUAGGCAUGUAGAAUUUGAAAUAAGCGAGUCUGCUGCACUUGGCUCCCGUUUUGUUUUGGAGAGUGCGUAUGAUGCUGAUGUGGAAGCAAACGGUGUGCAGAGCUACGUUUUAACACCCAGUGAUCAUUUUGUUUUGAAACAACAUGUCAGUCCGGGGGGCAGAAAAUAUGCAGAAAUGGUGCUUCAGAAAGCCUUAGACAGAGAAGAACAGCCGCGACUCUCAUUAAAAUUAGUGGCCGUGGAUGGUGGGAAUCCACAAAGAUCUGGCACUGUCAAUGUCGAAAUUAUUAUUCUCGAUAUAAAUGAUAACCCACCCGUAUUUAAUCAAACCAUGUAUACAGCGAAAUUAUUUGAAAAUUCACCCAAAAACACUCAUGUUUUGACUGUGAAUGCCACCGAUGCUGACAGUGGUUCAAAUGGUAUAGUUACAUACUCAUUUUCAAAAUCAAAAGUUGGAAUAACAAGCAUGUUUCAUAUAGACGAGACGACAGGGUGUGUAUCUAUAGCAAAACAAAUAGACUUUGAGAAAGACAAAAUAAUUGACUUCAUGGUUGAAGCAAAAGAUCAAGGUGGGCUGGGCGAGUCUGCAAAAGUGGAAAUAGAAGUCAUGGAUUUAAAUGACAAUGCUCCAGUUAUCAACGUAAUGUCCUUCACAAGUCCUGUACAAGAAGACUCCUCCGUCGGUGCCACUAUCGGUAUCAUUAAUGUAAAAGACCAAGAUUCUGGGGAAAAUGGCCACGUGAGGUGUGCAAUUGAAGGCCGCGUUCCAUUUAAAAUUAAAUCCAAUGUGAGAAAUUAUUUUGCAUUGAUGACUGAUGCUCAUUUAGACCGUGAACGUGUGUCAGAAUACAACAUCACGGUUGUUGCGUCAGACGCAGGAUCUCCUCCCCUUUCAAUUAAACAUACUUUUAAUUUGAAAGUGUCAGACGUGAAUGACAACGCUCCAGUGUUUCCGGUCAGCAUUUAUAGUGCAAACGUUGCAGAGAACAACUCGCCAGGUGUUUCUGUGCUGAGCGUGAGUGCCAAAGACCCAGAUGAAAACCAGAACGCUCGUGUCUCCUACAUGUUGGAGCAGAGUGAAAUCGGAGGAAGAUCGAUUAGUGAAUUUGUGUCUGUGAAUGCAGAAAGCGGAGUUAUUCUUGCAGCUCGCUCAUAUGACUACGAGCAAAUGAAAGAGCUGUCAUUUAUUGUCAGAGCGCAGGAUGGCGGUUCCCCUCCCCUCAGCAGCAACGUGAGCGUUCGCAUCCUGAUCCAGGACCAGAACGACAACGCCCCUCAGGUCCUGUACCCGGUGCAGACGGGCGGCUCGCUUCUGGCCGAAAUGGUGCCUCGUUCGGCCGAUGUGGGCUACCUGGUGACUAAAGUGGUGGCCGUGGAUGUAGACUCUGGCCAGAAUGCCUGGCUCUCCUACAAAGUGCACAAAGCCACCGACAGGGCGCUGUUUGAAGUGGGCCUCCACAACGGAGAAAUCCGAACCGUCCGCCAAGUGACUGACAAAGAUGCUGUCAAACAAAGACUGACUGUUGUCGUGGAGGACAACGGGCGGCCUUCUCGUUCAGCUACAGUCAUUGUUAACGUGGCGGUGGCCGACAGCUUCCCUCAAGUGCUGUCAGAGUUCACAGACCUGAGCAUGUACGACAAGGAGUACAAUGACCAGCUGACUUUUUACUUAGUCUUGGCGUUGGCGGUGGUCUCCUUCCUCUUCAUCACCUGCUUGCUGCUUAUCAUAUCGGUCAAAGUGUACCGGUGGAGACAGUCUCGCAUCCUGUACCACUCCAACCUGCCUGUCAUUCCGUAUUGUCCACCACGUUACUCAGAUACUUUGGGGACAGGGACUCUCCCGCAUGUUUACAAUUACGAGGUGUGCAGGACAACUGACUCCAUCAAAAGUGACUGUAAAUUGGACAGAGCCGCGAGUCACAACGUGCUUGUCAUGGACCCCAGUUCAACAGCAGGGACCAUGCAGAAGAUUUUCAGGGAAAAGAACAUCCUGGAUGAACCUGACUCUCCUAUAGAGACCUCCAUCCGGGUAUUUGAUAUGCUCGCGUGGCAGGCAGGGUAAAUUCAAGCAGUGAGCACGAGAUGACGUGCGAAGGCUGCACUUGCUCUCUCCAGCCACUGGAAGGCGAUGAUCAGCCUUGUUGAAUUGGAGAGGACCUGUAUGUGCUAUGAAUAGAUAGAUUUGAAGGAGUGUUCAAGUAUUUUGGCCUUGGUUUAAAUGUGUAAUUCAAAUUAGUAUUUAGUAUCACGUAUGAAUUUGUAUGAUGCAGUGUGUUCAAAUAAAGACAUAUUACAUUAAAAAAAUACUGUAAUAUUAAAUUAGAUUUCGUAUUUUACUCCAUUUAAUAUGAAUAGAAUUGACUGGACAUUACAUUUGAUUGAACGGAUGUAUUAAAAUAAAGUAAUGUAGUAUUAAAUUAGGAUCUUUUUUAACUAUCCCUAUUAUUACUUAUCUUUGUAUUCUUCAUAAAAUAAAAUAAAAAAAAACUUGAGUUGUCCUUUCGUUAUGAAUAGGUUUGACUGGGUAUUACA